AAGCUUGUGUUUCACUCCGGACUCAAUAUCGAGAGACACUUUUCGCCAGCUGAUUUCUAACAGUGCAGACGUGUACAUGAAGUAUUUUUAAUCGUUUCUGUGCUUUGUUUUUGCCCCUCUCUAAUCGGAUCACAUCAACCCGUGUUUAUUGGAAUAGAGGGUCUUUACAAACGAAAUGGCCACCGUUGAGGAACUGAGGCUGCGAAUCCGUGAGUUAGAAAACGAACUAAUUAAAUCCAAACAGAAGCAAAGUGAUGCUGAACAUCAUCUCAGACCAAAGAUUGACAAAAUGAGCGCUGAAGUCGUAGACUCAAACCCAUACAGUCGUCUGAUGGCACUCAAAAGGAUGGGCAUAGUGCAAGAUUAUGAGAAAAUCCGCUCGUAUGCUGUGGCAGUAGUGGGAGUUGGAGGGGUGGGGAGUGUCACUGCAGAAAUGCUCACCAGAUGUGGCAUUGGUAAGUUGCUGCUGUUCGACUAUGAUAAGGUGGAGCUGGCCAACAUGAACCGCCUGUUCUUCCAGCCACAUCAGGCAGGACUCAGUAAAGUUGAGGCUGCAGAACAUACUCUUAGGAACAUUAAUCCAGAUGUUUCUUUUGAGACCCACAAUUACAACAUCACCACAAUGGACAACUUCACGCAUUUCAUGGACCGCAUUAGUCAUGGAGGACUCGAGGAGGGGAAUCCUGUAGAUUUGGUCCUCAGUUGUGUUGAUAACUUUGAGGCUCGAAUGGCCAUUAACACAGCAUGUAAUGAGUUGGGUCAGACCUGGAUGGAGUCAGGCGUCAGUGAGAAUGCAGUUUCUGGACACAUCCAGCUCAUCAUCCCUGGAGAAACAGCCUGUUUUGCUUGUGCGCCUCCCCUCGUCGUGGCUGCAAAUAUCGAUGAGAAGACUUUGAAGAGGGAUGGAGUGUGUGCCGCCAGCCUGCCCACCACAAUGGGAGUGGUCGCCGGGCUCCUUGUGCAGAAUGUCUUGAAGUUUUUGUUGGGGUUUGGGACAGUGAGUUAUUACCUGGGUUAUAAUGCCAUGCAGGAUUUCUUCCCAAGCAUGGCAAUGAAGGCCAACCCACAGUGUGAUGACACACACUGCAGACGACAACAGGACGAGUACAAGAAAAAAGAAGCAGAACAUCCAAAGCAGGAAGUGGUUGAGGAAGAAGAAGAAGUUGUGCAUGAAGACAAUGAAUGGGGCAUUGAGCUGGUAUCAGAGGUGUCAGAGGCGGAGCUACAGGACGCAUCAGGACCGGUACCAGAUCUACCAGAGGGCAUUAAUUUAGCCUACACCAUACCUAAGAAAGAUGGAGAAUCAGGGGAGACAGUAGAAGAAACAGACCAGAGUUUAGAGGAACUGAUGGCUCAGAUGAAAAAUAUGUAAGGAGACAAGCAAGAUGAAACAGGCAUCCUUGAACUCUCCCACAGACACUGAAAACAAACUCAUUAUUAUUUUAUACUUGUAAACAUGUAACAUCUGAGGUCUCAUACUAAAUCAGUUGGAUUUAGUUUUUUAUUGUUUUUGCAAAACAACCUGUAUCACUCAAGAUGUUUACAGGUUUACUUUGACUGAAAGUCUUAAUACUCAAUUACCAUUGUUAAUCUUUCAUUUUUGCAGUGUUGAGGUUUCAGAGUUGACAGCUGGUAAUAGAACUAAUUUGAGUGGCUGUUUAUAUGUUUAACAGCUGUGGAGGAAAAGGAUGUUACUUCAACCACAAAUCUAAAUGUAAUGUCAUUUCUAAUACUUGUGCUUGUAGAGACCCUUCGUGCUUAGAAAGAACAUCACACAAAUAUUUUCAGACAAUUUAUUAUCGGCCUGAUUCUGACUACUGUACUGAAUGGUAUGACAUUGAAAUAAUGCAAAAAAUAAAUGUAUUGUUACAUUCCA